UCCUGCAGUGGUACUGGGAGGCGGGAGCUGAUCGAUUGAUUGGUUGUAGUGGUUUUUGGGGCGGAGAUUGUGACUGUGAUCUCGAUUCGCUGCGGGUGGAGAAUGCAGUCUUGCUUUGUUUGUUUUUAGACCCUGGUGUUCCGGCGACUGACCCUCUGAAGACCGCGUUCCUUCUGAGAUAUCAUGGUCAGUCCGCACCCUGAUGGCACGUCGAAAAUCCGUCUCGCUCAUCACCAGCCGUCCGGGCCUGCAUGACUCCGUACCUCGGCUCAUCCAAGGCAAGGUCUAGCGAGGAACGCUGACCUGGGAUCAGAGAACUGCACCACUGUGUGACUGACCUGUGUCUCUGAGAUCGGCUUUGGGACCUGCGGUGGCCCUCUACUGCGUACUCACAUCACGGCAGCGUCCGAGCGGCGAGCGGCAGUAUGAGCGAGGACUCGGGAUGCGGGAUGAUGAGAGGACAGUAGCUCAGGACUCGCGCCAUGGAAGGAGACGUCGCCGUCGCGGUCCACACAGAGGUCCGUAUGGUAGAUCGGUUAUAAGAUAGAUGGUGAUGUUUUACACAGCUAGCCUGACAUAUGGUUCUGUGGAUAGAACUUCCCAGAGCUCGAAUGGUUUUGCACAGGAAUGGAAGCAGACCGAGGAUCUGACCAAUGGACACUCCACACACACACCGUGAUCUUCCACAGAUGUGUAACGGCAUCCAGGAGAACGGCGGCAUCAACGGCAGCUCGUAUCUCAAAUCAGUCCCGAUUUCAGCGCUGAAGCAGAAUGGCCUUCUACAGUCACUGGCCACAGGUGGAGAUCAAACGGAAGCGGACGAGGUGGACUCGGAGCUGGAGCGUGCGCAGCAGGAAUGGGACGCCCUCGAGACCAUCCAACCAGUUCCUGUGGAAGAUCUCGCUCCGUCGCCUCUGAUUUCUUUCAACGAAGCACUGCAACACUUUCAGACUGCAGACCUCGGCGACCUGCUGAGGAACAUACAGCCGACGGUUCGCAGGACGGGAUUGGCCGUGGUCACACACUUCCUUUUUGGACCGCCACGCCUACACAGGGAGCUGAUGGAGGAGAGAGACCUGGUGUUCGCCAUCGCGCAGUGCUCUCUGGAUAACACACAGCCGGUGCACAUGCGCGUGCUGCAGACAAUCUACCGCAAACUGACUUGUACGAAAGCGGACUGCCCUCGGUACGGGCCGCACUGGGAGAACAUCGGCUUCCAGGGUACAGAUCCUGCUACUGAUCUGAGAGGAACUGGGUUUCUGGCUCUGAUGCACACACUUUAUCUGGUCAUGGACCCGGAGACGCUACCGCUCGCUAGGGACCUCUACAAACUCUCUCAGCAUCCAGUACAGAAUUUUCCGUUCAGCGUGAUGUCCAUCAAUCUGACCCGCAUCGUCCUGCACGCGCUCAGGGAGGAGGUUCUGACCAAGGAGUGUAACCGUCGGCAGCAGGUGGUGGGGGUGCUGAACGAGUUUUACGUGGCGACGUUUCUGCACCUGUAUGAGGUGUGGAGGAGUCAGAGGAAGACCAUCUCCGACUCGGGAUAUGUCCUCAAAGACGUGGAGGUCUACGCUAAGAAGAACCCGAAGCAGCUCCUCAAACACCUGCACUGUUACCUGCAGGAGAGGCGCUCCGGGAUUGGCCACCGCACGUCACCUGACCCACUCUCACACAGCAACCGUUCCCUUGGCGACGGGGCGUCUCUCACGCACAGCCACGGAGGGAAGGAGGGGAAGAUGAACUUCACCGGAGUGUGUGAACUUCCACCUGAGAUGGAAGGAGAGGCCAGACUCAUCUGAGAGACAGACAGACAGACAGACAGACAGACAGACACAGAGAGAGAGAGAGAGAGAGAGAGAGAGAGAGAGACAGACAGACAGACAGACAGACAGACAGACAGAGGGAGAGAAAGUCAAGGAUGCUAAACUGCUUCAGUAGACUCAGGAGAGAAGACGAGAGACAGACAGAUAGGGUAAGAUAGAUGGAGAGAGUACGACACCUAAGAAGAGAGACAGAAAGAGAGAUGAAUGGAGUAAGAGAGAAACGCAGACAGACUGCGUAAGAGAGAGAGAGAGAGACAGUAAAAGAAGCAGAUGGAGUAAGACGCAGAAAGAGAGGGAGGAAGUCCGAAAUGGUGGCGAAGAAAGAAACAGAGAGAUGGACAGAGAGAGAGAGAGAAAGAGGGAGACAGACAGACAGACUGUAAGAGAGACAAGAAAGAAGGAGAGCAAGACAGACAGACAGAGAGAGAGAGAGAGAGAGAUGGACAGAUUAAGAAAGACACACUGAGAAAGACAGACAGACUCUGGAAUGUAUGAUUCAUUUGAUCUGAGUCUCUUCAUGUUAUAUCAUACAGACAGACAGACAGACAGACAGACAGGAGGGAGAGAGACAGUUACUGCACUUGAUCUUAUCCAAAAGCACCAUGAUAUGAAACAAAACUCAGACGGAAAGUAAACGAGUUUAGUUCUUCACCAGACUGUAGAGAAUGUACGAUUUGCACAAUCCUUAUCUUUAUCGCUUAUUUUUUCCCUUCUCUCUCUCUCUCUCUCUCUCUCUCUCACACACACACACACACACACACACACACACACCCUGCUGUGGCUGUGUGAUUUGAGACACAGCCCACGCUUGAGCUCGUGAAUGGUCUUGACGUGCGGCGACUGAAAGAACCGUGACGUAACCGGCAACAGCGUAAUGUUUUAUAUCAGGACGCGGAACACGCAGCACAGGCCACGCCCACAAACGACAACACGCUAGAACGCCUGCUCGUGUCCACGCAUGUCCUAGAUCUACAAAAACAACAACAAAAAAACCCCAAUCCCGUAGAGGAGCGGAGAUCAGACAGGAAGUGCUGACGUCUGAUGUCGAUGUUAGUUUGUUUUGCGAACACUCGGGCUGCAGAAUUCCGAUCCACGCUAAAACGCCGUUUGUUCCGUAGUCGAGAUUUCGGGCCGGUUCCUGUAACUCCGCGCUCGCGUGUUGUUAGCAUGGCAGGCAGCACUAGCGAUGUAGCAUCUGACGCGUUACUUUUCCUCAGUGUUCAGUUUAAACACCACGUUUAACUCAUCUCGGCUCUCCGUCCGCUCCAGUCUCCUUCCGAUACGUCGCCUAUGUGACGCGUUGCGAUAUUUACGGCGCGAUACGUCGAUAUCGUGACGUCUACAGCACUCGCCUGCGGUGCGUCUCAUUCAGAACACUGUUUCACACGUUCACUCGUCUUUUCUUUUCUUUACUCAGGGUUUCCCAUGCAUCGCGAUCACGUCGAGUACUGCAGCGUAGCGUAUAACUGAAUAUCAGCACACUGUCUAACUAACGCGCUUUACACAACACGUGUGUGUGUGUGUGUGUGUGUGUGUGUGUGUGUGUGUGUGUUUUAUAAGAGACCGAUGAUUUCUGUUGUGUUGUAAAUGUAAAUGAUUUGAGAUUAUUGUAUAUUAUGAUGCGACACUUUAUUAGAAGCCGGCGUUCAUUAGGACUUCAUGACGAACUCGUAAGCAGCGAGUAAUGUUCGGAAUAAAGCGCGGAAACCGUCCUGAGCAGCGCACGACGACAUCGGGAUCGCUUUAAUUCUAAAUGCUGUAUCAAUAAUGAACA